GAGCGGGAGCAUUUCCGUAGGAUCAUCAACGCGUUCCGAUACUACGGAACUAAUAUGCAUGAAAGGGUGAACAGAACAGAGAGACAGUUUAGAUCUCUCCCAGAUAACCAACAGAGUCUUCUUCCUCAAUUCCUUCCUCACCUUGAUAAGAUUCGGAAGUGUGUUGAUCAUAAUCAAGAGAUGCUACAGACCAUUGUCAAUGGCUUCAUUCAUAUGUUUGAAAACAAAGAAUAUGGAGAUGUAAGAGGGAAGAUUACUCCAGCUUCAACAUUUGACAUGGAUAAAUUAAAAUCAACUUUGAAACAAUUUGUGAGAGACUGGAGUGAAGAGGGGAAGCCUGAGAGAGAUUCCUGCUACCAGCCAAUAGUUAGUGAAAUUGUAAAGAACUUUCCAAAAGAAAGAUG